UCGGAGGGAUUGUCUUGGGAGGAGGGCUCCCAGUUUCCAACAGCACAACUGGCAGCUCACAGCUGGAAUCUUUGAUGCUUCCGGACAGGACCGAGAGAGGACAGAUGAUCGAUCAUAUGGACCAUUAGACACUGCACAGAUGGACCUCUAAGAAGUCAGGGCUUUUAGUCUUUGCAUACGACUCUGUGAGGAAGAAAGUUCAGGAAAAGCAAGCAUAUACAAGAAGGAAGGUUUCUCCAGGGGUGCCUCCAGGAUGGACAAUUGGAACCAAAGGUUUAUUCUUGUGUUUUUGACCAUGUUGUGCUCAACCGAUGCCCAAACUACUGUCUGCAGAGAAACUGCCAUUGCAGACCUUGUGUUCCUGGUGGACGGAUCCUGGAGCAUAGGAACAAAGAACUUCAAAAGCAUGCAAGACUUUCUGUACACCAUGGUUGAUGGCUUGGACAUUGGACCGGAUAAAAUCCAGGUCGGGCUGAUUCAGUACAGCGACCUGCCUCACAACGAGUUCUUCCUGAACACUUUCCACCGCAAAGAGGACAUCUUAAACCGAAUUCGGAACUUGCACUACAAAGGAGGGGGGACCAAAACUGGGAAGAGUUUGAAGUUUAUGCUGGACCAUCAGUUCAAUGAAGUGGCCGGGAGUCGGCGCCGCGAAGGCGUCCCCCAAGUGGCAGUUGUGAUAACAGACGGGGAAGCUCAGGACGAUAUCCGUGAGCCGGCAAAGCUUGUCAAGAGCGCAGGCAUCACCCUCUAUGCUUUGGGUAUUAAGGAUGCUGUUUUGUCGGAGCUUCAGUUAAUUGCCAGCGACCCGGAUGAGAUGCAUGUCUACAAUGUGGAAGAUUUUGCUGGCUUGCAGGGCAUCUCCCAAAAUCUGCUUCAGGUGAUUUGUACUACUGGUGAAGAAGCCUCUCAACACAUCACUCAGAUUUCUCCAGUGUGCCGAAAAGCCACCGUGGCCGACAUCGUAUUUUUGGUGGACAGUUCCACCAGCAUCGGGGAGGAGAAUUUCCAGAAGGUGAAGAGCUUUCUGUACACAAUGAUUUCCAGCCUUGACAUCGGCCCGAAUCAGGUUAGAAUUGGGCUGGCCCAGUAUAGUGACAGCGCCUACAAGGAAUUCCUCUUAAACCAGUAUUCUUCAAAGAGUGACAUUCUGGAACAAAUACAGAACUUGCCCUUUCGGAGGGGAGGCACUAACACAGGCGCUGCCUUGGAUUUUAUCAGGGAAGAGUACUUCACGGAAUCUGCCGGGAGCAGAGCCCGGGAAAACUCCCCCCAGGUCGCCAUUCUGCUCACCAAUGGCGAAUCCAGUGAUGAAGUCAAGGUUCCCGCUAGCAAACUGAGGGCAAGAGGCAUCUCUGUUUAUGUGGUGGGGAUUGGCGUCCAGAACACUACCGAACUGCAGGAAAUUGCCAGCAGGCCUUUGAAGAAGUUUCUGUUCAGUGCCGACAGAUUUGAUAUCCUCGAAGAGCUCUCCGGCAGUCUCCUCCGAACGAUGUGCUUUGCAGUGGAGAGCCAGAUUAGAGCAUUUACAAAGCACUAUGCUGACGUGGUUUUCCUUAUCGACUCCUCUGACACAAUGGGCGCCUCCAACUUUGAAGCAGUCAAAAAAUUCACCGCUCAGAUUGUCGAACAACUAGAUGUUGGGGCUGGCAAGUACCAGAUUGGCUUCGCGCAAUACAGUGGAGAAGGGAAGAGAGAAUUUUUGCUGAACACUUACGAGAGUAAGGAGGAUGUUCUCCACCACAUCCAGAACAGCAUCGAAUUCAUGGGAGGCCCUUCGCAGGCUGGGGCUGCCCUGCAAUUUCUGCAAGAUGUCUAUUUUACCGAGGAAGCUGGGAGCCAGUUUAACCAAGGGACGCCCCAGUUUACGGUGGUUGUCACCUCCGCUAAAUCUGAGGAUGAUGUCAAGGAAUCCGCCAAGCGGCUGAAAGAAAUGGGAGUGAAAGUUGUAACAGUUGGCGUCUUGGAUGCUGACAGGGAGGAAAUGGAGGAGAUUGCUACUGACACUUUGGUUUAUCAGGCCGAUGACGUACAGAGCCUUGAUCAGGUUCAGCAGACUGUGGUAGAUAUUUUGGACGUAUCAGUUCAUCAACACUACGAUGAUGCUCUGGACAUAGAUGUGCCAGCAGUUUGCUACAGCGCGUCCGUGGCAGACAUUGCGUUCCUUGUGGACGAAUCCAGCAGAAUCGGGCAGAGGAAUUUCCAGCUGAUCAGGGCUUUUCUCCUCAAGAUUAUCAGGGCUCUGGAUAUAGCCCCGGGUAACGUACGCGUCGCCUUGGUACUUUAUAGUGAUGAGCCCAGGCUCGAGUUUGGCCUGAAUGCAUUUCGAGACAAGUCGGAGGUGGUGAAUUAUGUGAAAACCUUGCCGUACCGUGGUGGCGAAUCACACACUGGCGCUGCCAUCAACUUCCUGAGGAAGAACGUUUUCACCAAGAGAGGCGGGAGCAGGAAGGAUGAAGGAGUCCAGCAGCUGGCGGUGGUGAUCACGGACGGCCAGUCCGUAGAUAAUUUUACGGGACCUGCCUCCAAGCUUCGACGGAACGGCAUCACUGUGUACGCCGUGGGCAUCCAAAACGGCACAGAGAAUGGCCACCUGCAGAAGAUUGCAUCUCAUCCCCCCAGGAAACACGUCUCCAAUGUUGAAUCGUUGUUGCAGCUCUCAAACAUUGAGUGGAAGAUAAAGAAACGAAUUUGUACCGAUAUUGUUUCGCGUGCAUUUAGCAUCCCAGUGCGGUCCCGUACCCUGAAGGAAGGCUGCGAGGAGACCGAGGAGGGAGACAUUUAUUUCUUGAUCGAUGGUUCGGGCAGCAUCAGUUGGGAGAACUUCCAAGACAUGAAAACCUUCAUGAACGAAAUGAUCGGCAUGUUUCAGGUUGGAGUUGACAAAGUCCGUUUUGGGGUUGUUCAGUACGGAAGCACUCCACAAAUAGAGUUCGAGAUCAGCCAGUACAAUAGUGAGGCGCAAUUAAAGGAAGCCAUCAAGAUGAUCCAGCAGAUAGGUGGGGGGACCAACACAGGAGAUGCCUUAAGAGACAUGCAGCACCUGUUUAAAAUCUCAGCCAGGAGCAACAUCCCCCAGUUCCUCAUCGUCAUUACAGACGGACAAUCACAGGAUCAGGUGACGAAAGCAGCCGAGGAACUGAGACAGCAAGGGAUCGUGAUCUAUGCCAUUGGCGUCAGGGAUGCUGUCCAAGAAGAACUGGAAGAUAUCGCCGGGACAAAAGACCGGAUGUUUUUCGUGAACAAUUUUGAUUCCCUCAAGCUCAUCAAGCAUGAUAUUGCGCAAGAUAUCUGCUCUCCUGAGGUAUGUAGACAAUUGCUAGCGGACAUCAUUUUGCUGAUUGAUUCUUCUGAAAGCAUGGAUGACGAUCAGUUUGCCAAGACAAAGGAAUUCAUUCACUUGAUUGUGAACGGGUCUGAUGUUGGAGCUGACAAGGUCCAGAUUGGAGUGCUCCAGUUCAGCUCUAAUCUAAAGGAAGAGUUCCUACUCAACCAGCACGACAACAAGGCUGACCUGAGGAGCGCUAUAACCAAAAUGAAGCAGAUUAAAGAAGGAACAAACACUGGGAAUGCUCUAAAGCUUACGCUUGAGUACUUUGACACACCCAAAGGAGGGCGUCCGGGCAUUAAGCAACAUCUGAUCGUGGUCACAGACGGAAAAUCUAAUGAUGAAGUGGAAAUCCCUGCCAGAGCCCUUAGGGACAAAGGUGUCACCAUAUAUGCCAUCGGGGUAAUCAAAGCCAACGACACCCAACUUUUGGAGAUUGCUGGCGCACAGGAGAGAGUGUUUUCCGAGGACAGUUUUGAGUCCCUCCUGUUUUUGGACAAGACUAUCCUGUUUGAAAUAUGCAGUGCCAAGCAAGAGUGCAAACGAACAGAAGUUGCUGAUAUCAUCUUCGUAGUGCAUAGUUCAAGAGGCAUUACAGAAUUGCAAUUCCAGGCAACUCUGCAGCUCAUGGAAGCCAUUGUGAACGACACGGUGAUGGGAAAAGACAACGUUCAGUUUGGGGCCAUUGUCUACGGCACUGUCCCCGAAGAGCAAUUCCUGCUGGCUGAGUAUUCCACAAAAAAUCAGGUCAGAGAAGCCAUUUCUAAGCUAAGGCCUCUGGGAGAGUCCGCCUUUACAGCGAGGGCUCUGAAUUUUGCGAGGCAGAGGUUUGACGCAGCCUACGGUGGCCGGGCCUCGUCCCUUGGCGUCACACGGAUCAUUGUGCUUAUCACUGAUGAGCCAACUGCACCGACCGAUCGGCGCCAUCUUCUAUCAGCCGUGCAGGCUUUGAGGCAAGAAGGCAUCCGGGUCAUUGCUAUUGGCAUAGGUGACGCCAGCAGAACAGAACUCGAAGAGAUUGUUGGCGAUAAGGGAAGAUGGUUUUACGCUUCAGGUUAUAGUGCACUGGGGAGAUUACAUGAAAACAUCACUAGCGAAAUAUGUGAUGGAUCAAAGCCAGCUUGUGGCACCGAAGAGGCGGACCUUGUGUUUUUGAUUGACAGUUCCGCAAGCAUAUCGCCAAGAAAUUUCUCUACGAUGAAGACGUUUAUGAAGGAAAUUGUAGACAGCUUCAUCAUUGCCCAGGACAAAGUCCGGAUUGGGGUGGCCCAGUACAGCAAAAAUCCCCGGAAAGAAUUUUAUCUCAACGAGUUUGACACUGACGUUGCUAUCAAGGGGAAGAUUGACAACAUCACCCAGUUAAAAACCAGCACCUACACUGGCAAGGGCUUGAGGUUUGUCAAGAGCUUUUUCGAACCCAUCAACGGAGGCCGUAAAAACAAAGAUGUCCUGCAGUCGCUAAUUGUCAUCACUGAUGGGAAGUCCAAUGACUCUGUGGACGAGGCGGCUGCUGCUCUGAGAAACGACGGGAUCCACGUUUUCGCUAUAGGAAUAGGGACAACCAAUUCCUUUGAGCUGGUUCGAAUCGCUGGCGAUGCUCGAAGAGUGUUUGUGGUGCAGAACUUUGAAGUCUUGCAAACCAUUGAAAGGAAAAUUGUCAAAGAGGUCUGCAAACCCGGAGACCUGCCUAGGCGGGACUGCAACAUAGACAUUUCUGUAGGAGUCGAUUUUUCGGAGCGCGUGAGGCCUACAUCUGCCUCGCCUUUGAAGCAGAGGAUGCAAGCCUAUUUGCCCCGCCUCUUUCAGCAAAUGGGUUCCGUGAUCAAUAUCAGCUGCGUCGCCGAGUCUCCUGUCAACAUCAGGUUUAGGUACCAAGUGUUUUCUGGAAGCGGCCAGUCCUUGUUUGACUCUAACUUUGAAGCCUACAAUGAGGAGAUCGUUCAGAAAUUCUUGGCUGUACAAACGACAGUGGACACUUACUUGAAUGCAGGCUUCCUGCAGUCCAUUUGGGACAGAUCCCUCAGCCUGGCCUCUGCUAGAGUGAAGGUAAUAGGUCUUUUUUGGGGGGAGGGGGAGUCCUGGCUCAAUGCACUUCUAACGAUAGGCCUGGGAAACUUUCAGGAAUUCCAUGAACUGCAGGAAAUAGAGUUUGGUAGAGGAUUUGAAUAUAUGGAACCUUUGCUCAUCGGUAAUCCAGAACUACCCAGCAGGUUAUGGCGAGCGCUUGAUACUGUCACUGAACGAGAAUGCUGCAAUGUUUGCUGCAAAUGUUUUGGGGAAGAUGGAAUUCGGGGUCCGCCGGGAACUUCUGGAAUAAAGGGAAAUGAAGGCUAUCGAGGGCACCCUGGUCAUCCGGGUGAGGAAGGAGGGCCGGGAGAUCGGGGUCUAACGGGUAUCACUGGCAAACGAGGAGAAAGAGGCUGCAGUGGUGCAAGAGGCCUAAAGGGACCAAGAGGAUACCGAGGAAAUAAGGGUGAAAAUGGUGACAGCGGACUUGACGGGAUCGAUGGACAAGAGGGAGAACGAGGAAUUCCUGGAUCACAUGGACAAAAGGGCAGCUCAGGACGAAGGGGUAGAAAAGGCCCCAGAGGAGAGCCUGGUGAGCAUGGAGAGCUUGGUGUAAGAGGAGACAAUGGGGAUCCUGGAAUUGACAACAAUGCCUCUGGUUCAGCUGGUGCAAAAGGAAUCACGGGACGGCAGGGGGACCUGGGAACCGAUGGCGUGCAAGGAGAGCCAGGCGAGAAGGGUGCAAAUGGUCCCAAUGGCCGCAGAGGUCGUCCUGGCUUAGAGGGCCUAAAAGGAAAUGAAGGCGAUCCAGGACUUCCUGGGGAAAUGGGGCUACGGGGAAACCAGGGCACACCAGGUUCACGAGGAAUACCUGGACCUCGAGGACUCCAAGGCUUUCCAGGACCCCAAGGUAGUCAAGGAAUCGAUGGCGCGCCCGGCUCCAUAGGGAAAGAAGGACCUCGAGGUCAAAAGGGAGAACAUGGUGAUCUUGGAGAAAAAGGCCAACAGGGGCUACCUGGACCAAGAGGCUUGACUGGGCUAGAUGGCGACAAUGGCUAUGGUAUACGAGGAAGAAAAGGAGCAAAGGGGCAGCCUGGAUUUCCUGGAAACCCUGGACUGCAGGGAGAAGAUGGAGAGCCCGGCAUUCCUGGAGAUAAAGGUGCCAAAGGAAUUAGAGGACAAAGGGGCCGUGGUGGAACACCAGGAGCAGUUGGUGAUCCAGGACGCUGGGGAGAACCUGGAAGAAUGGGUCAUAAAGGACAAAAAGGCGAACGAGCAAUGACGCCUUGUGAACUUGUUAACUUCACCAGAGGAAACUGCCCUUGCUGUAUAGGUAUGAACAAGUGUCCAGUAUACCCAACUGAAGUAGCGUUUGCCCUUGAUAUGUCUGGAGAUGUCACCCCGGAAUCCUUUGACAGGAUGAAAGACAUCAUGACGUCUUUGCUGAAGGGUAUCGAGAUUAGCAGCGGCAAUUGCCCAACUGGCGCACGGGUGUCGGUUCUGUCCUAUAACACCAAUACGAAGUACCUCGUCCGGUUCUCCGACUUCCAGAGGCAGGAGCUUCUGAUGGAGGCAAUUCAGAGAAUUCCACUGGAGAAGUCCUCCGGCAGGCGGAAUAUUGGAAGGGCCAUGAGGUUUGUGGCCAGGAAUGCCUUUAAGCGCCAUCGUCAAGGUGCCCUCAUGAGGAACGUUGCGGUAUUUCUCGCCGCUGGACCUUCGCAGGAUGCCACCUCCAUCAAUACAGCCGUAUUGGAAUUCAGCGCCCUAGAUAUUACACCUGUGGUCAUUGCUCUCAGGGAAGUGCCUAAUGUGAGACAAGCCUUUUCGGCAGAUGAUACUCAGCGAUUUCAGUUAUUUGUUUGGGAAACCAAGGAGGAUGAGAACUUGAACACCGUCUCGCGUUGUGCUCUCUGUUUUGAUAAGUGUAACCCCGCUCCAGAAUGCCGGGUGACAGACUCCCCUCCCGUUCUAAUCAACAUGGACAUCACAUACAUCCUUGACAGCUCUCGGAACGUGGGGAGCGAGGACUUUGAGACCAUGAAGACCUUUGUGAGCAACAUGUUGGAUUCUUUCGUUGUUGCUUCCCUGCCCAUGGAGUCAGACGGAGGGGCGAGGGUGGCACUGGUGCAGCAGGCUCCACAAAAUUUCACACUCGGCGGGUUCUCAAGGCCAGUGAAGGAAGAGUUUGAGUUGGUCUCCUAUGACAACAAGAACCUGAUGAAGAUGCACAUCGAAGAAUCCGUCCGCCAGCUGGAAGGUCCAUCUGCAGUGGGACAUGCUCUAGAUUGGACCAUCAGCAACGUAUUUUUGGAAGCCCCCAACCCGAGAAAGCACAGGGUCAUCUUUACAAUACUUGGGAGUCAGACAAGCUCCUGGGACAGGGAGAAACUGAGAAGAAUGUCACUAGAAGCCAAGUGCCAAGGAUUCACCAUGCUCACCUUAGCUCUUGGAAGUAGAGUUGACGAUAUGGAGAUGACAGCACUCUCCAGUGCUCCAGUAGAGCAGCACCUAUUGGCACUGGGCAGGACUGGUAAACCUGAAUUGCCAUAUGCUCUGCAAUUUAGUCGAGCCUUCUUAAAUCUUUUAAAACGUGAAGUGAAUCCUUACCCUCCUGCAGGCCUGCAGGAAGAAUGUGAAACCCUGGAUCGAGGAGACACUUACCAGCAGCUAAUAAGGAGGACUGACAGUAUUGUUUUCCCCGAAAUAGUUUACAGCGAUGCUUUGCAACCAUCAACGACACCCAGAGGAAACAUGCAAGAAGAAAUUAUGGCAGCCACCCAAGAACCCACUAAGUACAGAGAAGAGGAGAAACAGUAUGAUGAUUUCACAGACAUCGGUGUUCAAGAACCAGUGAAGGAGGUGAAGGUCCUGUGUGAGAGCCUGGAGGCAGUUGGAGGAUUGAUGGUGGCUAACGGAUUGAGGUUGAAUCCUGACAAAACAGAAGUACGAUCUCAAAAAAUAUGCCAAAACGCUUGCAUAGUGGAUAUGGACAACGGUGAGUGUGACGAUUACAAGCUGAAGUGGUAUUUUGAGAAAAAGCUGCACAUUUGCACCCAGUUCUGGUAUGGUGGCUGCGGAGGAAAUGCCAAUAGAUUUGAAACUCGAGAAGAAUGCGAAGCUUUAUGCAUCAAAUCAUGAACAAUGGGUCUACUGAUCCACUAAAGGGGUGGAUUAAACCCAAAUACGAAUACCCAAGAUCAAAUGAAAGAGGUCUUAAAUUUUGUGGUGCAGAGAGAAAAUUUGGUGCUCGCAUCUGAUAAGAACAACGUUUCUUGUGGCACCUUAAAUACACAACAAAUUUAUUUUGACAUAUUUAGUCCACCAGAAGUAUUGUGUUUUUUUCUGCUAUAAUCAGUUCAUAGCACAGCUCUGUAGGGGUUCAAGUAAUUUCUCCGUUGACUAUGGAAGUAGCUGAGGACAUUUAAAAAAAAGAAGACUAAAACUUGAUAUCAUUUCAUUACCAAGAUGUGCACCUUGUACAGGAGACAAACGAUACCUCAGACAUUUGAAAGUGAGCUCUGGGUUGCCACUGACACAAUGGUACGGCUAGUAGAACCGUUCUGUUUUUUCACAAGGUGUAAAAUUACAAAAUUGUGGUAAUAAAUGUUUCAUGCAACUGA